GAAGCUCUUCAAAAAAUAUUACAGCCUUUCCAAAAGGGUGGUGGUGCUGCUGCUAACGUUGUUUAAAAAUACAUCAAUCAAACAAUAACAUUAAUGAAGUUACAAACGGAUAGUUCAUCGCUCUUUAAAGUAAAGUAUUCAUUAGUGUACUAAAGCUGUGAUCUCCGAAACUUUCAGUGUUAAGUAAAUGGAGGAGAAGAAGGAAGACGGAGAGUCGGAGAUUCAGGAACACGGACCCGAGCAUUGGUUCUCAAAAUGGGAGCGGCAGUGUUUGGCUGAAGCGGAGCAAAGAGAGUUAAACGAGGAGGAGGCCGAUAACGACCAAGAUAAAUUGUGGCAUCUCUUCCAGAAUUCUGCCACUGCGGUAGCACAGCUAUACAAAGACCGAGUAUGUCAUCAACAAGGUCUCUCUCUUUGGGUGCCAUUCCAGAAUGCUGCAACAACAGUCACGAACCUGUACAAAGAGAGUGUUGAGGCCCACCAGCGGAGCUAUGACUUGGGCAUACAGAUCGGCCACCAGAGACGUAAUAAGGACGUGCUGGCCUGGGUAAAAAAGAGAAGGAGAACCAUCCGCAGAGAGGACCUCAUUAGCUUCUUAUGUGGAAAAGCUCCACCGCCCCGGAGUUCCAGGGCCAACCCCAGACUGACUGUGGUAUCACCCAACCGGGCCCCCCCCGCUGAGACGGGCUCCUCCGUGGAGACCGACCUCCAGCCAUUCAGAGAGGCCAUAGCUCUGCACGGUCUGAGUGGGGCCAUGGCUAGUAUUAGCGUGCGCUCUGGGGCCCCUGGGUCUCCCACCCACGUGAGUGGCGGAGGAGGUGGUACAGGAUCAGGUCUGGUGGGCCGCAGGCGUAACGGCCUCCACGAUGUCGACCUGAACACUUUCAUUUCUGAGGAGAUGGCCCUGCACCUGGACUCAGGCUCUGCCUCUGCAGGGGGGGGGGCCAGGAAACGCAACUCUGCUCAGUGCAAUGACGUCAUCACGGACUCCCCCACCCAUAAACGCAACCGGAUGAUCUGAUUACCCUAGCUUGGAGCCGGGGCUGAAGACGGACGGCUGGCUACGGAGGGGAUCUGUGCUGAUGGGAGGCGUUUCGUUUAGUGAUGACUUUCUUCCCUUGUCUCCUUGUCUUGCUUAUUUCCCCUAAUUGGCGUGCCUAAUCCAAAAUGAGAGCACUGUUGAGUAUCAGAGCAACAUAUACAUUUCAACACGAUUCUUUCAAUCAUCAGUGGUCAUUAAGGGAAGAAGGCAAGGAAAUGAGAGGAGGAAAGGGAGCCAUUGAAGAUGUUUGGAAACGCAGCCUUCCAGGGGGAGAACAAGGCACUGUGUUGCUUGAAAUAAAAGCCACUUAAUCCUCAACACUUCUAUUACCCUCCCUCCCCCAAAUAGUCCCAUCCUCACCCAUCCCCUUAUAAAGGAAAUGAGGGCCAUCGCAACGUCUCUGACUCUGUGAAUUCAAUAAUGUUUGCCAAAUGUUGGAACACUGUUGGAGACCCAUUCUGUGCUCUGACAAAUGUUGUUCUUCUGUUACCCAUUCUACUCAGUGGACAUGUCUGUCAGUCAAGACAGUGAGAUCUCUCUGUAGGAGCAUAUCUCUGUGGCUUCCUCUGCCUCCUGUGUCCAGUCAUAUUGCUGUGGGUAUGAUAGCCCAUACUACCAAUAGCAGGCUAUUGAUGUUUGAUAUAGACCUUUUAUCUGCUAACUCUGCAUCAACAUUAACUUCAGUUUAGUUCAGUCACCACAUACCAGUGUUCAGUUUCAGGUUGUUUCGGCCAACGUGCCGAAGUCGACAUUUUUGACGAGCUUUUUUUCACCUGGAUUUUUUUUUUUCUUUCUAAAGGAAAAAAAUAGUUUUUGUUGUUGCCACAGCUUAAAUAAUACCUGACUGUUGCAGACUUCACCCUUCUUCCUAGUCUUAUUUGAUGCAGCUGCUGUUUUAUGUGAUUGUGUGAUAAUAUAAUGAGAGUUGCAAUAAUGAUUUUGCACUUAGCUUUCACACCUAACUCAUGCAAGUUAUUCUUCCAUUGGGUCCCAGUUAUACUUCACUGUGCACAAACACCUUUGUCUCUCACCCAUGGGAGAGCAUUAGCCCUAGAAAGUAUAAAUCAAACCUGUUCUUUCAGAGGCAGUGUCCCAAUGUCCAUGCUACCGCACUUUAUGGCGUGCACAGCCUUCACACUCACCUGUGUGAAAGUUUGGAUGUUGGGAUGUUCACUGUGUUGUAUAGGGAAAGUGCAUUAUUGAGAUGUAUGUGGAAAGCUACGAUUGGCUGGCUACCCUGUGGAUGGAGCUCCUGAAAGUGCAGGUAGAAAUGUUUUGAGUAGAGCGGACCCUCAUAACACAUGGAGUGGGAAUUGUGUUGGUUCUGUACAUGACAUUUCAAUUGGUUACGUUCAUAAGACAAUGUCAGUUCAUCUGUCACUAAACCAAUAAAUGGUCUUUAUAUCCUUUUAAAGUAGACAGCCUCAAGUAUGCAGACUCAUGCCACAUCUCUCUGGAGCCAACACUAUUACCAACUGUUUCUUGAUACUUAUAUUAUUUGUUUAAAGUAAUAAAUGGCUAAUCUAUAUACUUAACAUUUAGGUGUUGGUAUGAUAUGUGGUUCAUGUUGUAAAAGGAAUAAAAGAAAACCAUUGAAUUGCAAUUGAUGUACUAUGUUUCAUUAAAUAACAUGUUCAUGUG